AUGCGUUCUCGAGAAAAUUUCAAAUCAUCAUCAAUGUCAUCAAUCAAUCGAAAACAACAACUAAUAAGAUAUCCUUCAAGACCAUCAUUCGGUACAAUAACAAAAAUAUUAAAUCCUGAUUUUUCAUUUCGUACAAGUAUAUCAAGUAAUAAAAGUAAUCGUUCAUCAUCAACAGCAAAUGAAUGUGAUGAAAAUGAAUCAAAUUAUAAAAAACAUAAAUCAGUUGAAUCAAUUCAUAAACCAAUAACACCAUUGCGUUCAGCUAGUAUGGUUACAAAUUUAUUUCAACAACGUCGUCCACGUAGUUCAAAUUGGCGGCAAGGUUCAAUUGUUGAUCCAAAUCAAAUGGCAUUAAUUCCAUUUUCUCUUCCAAUAAAUAAUAAUAAUAAUAAAUAUCGACGUCGAUCUGUUGCUGUAUGCAAUAACAUAAUUGAGCCAAGAGAAAAUUUGAUAACAACAAAUGAUUUAAUAUUACCAUGUCUACUUUCAUUUUCAAUAAUCUAUUUGAAAAAUGCACAAAUUAAAAUUCAAUUUCAUUCAAUACAAUCAUUACCUUCAAAUAUUCAUUUUCAACAAUUAACUAUUAAAGUUAAAUUAAUACCUGAUGGAAAAGAAAAAUCUAUUCAAAUUAAAAAACUCAUUGAAAAUGAAAUAACAUUUGAAGAUGAAAAUAAUCAACUUUUUAUUUUAUUUUCAAAUGUUCCAUUUGAAAAACUUAAUGAACGAAGUUUAGUAAUGACAAUCAAUGGAAAAGAUCUAACAAAAAAAACAAUAAAUAUUGGUCAAAUUGGAAAAAUUAAUUUUAAUCAAAUACAUAAAUUUGAAAAUGAAAAUCCAGUGGAUUUUAUUCAUGCAAUUGAAAAAAUUAAACCAUCAUCAGUCGAACUUCUUAUUUCUCUUGAAAACAAUGAUGAUCGACAUAUACAUGCUCAUGUACAACGAAUAAAAGGAUUAAAAAUCGAUCAAAAAAAACUUGAUGCAAAAUGUUAUUUACAAGUAAGUCUUCUUGAUCGUCAUCGACCAUUAUUAUCAACACAUCAAACAAAGAUUUAUCGAUUAAAAUCAUCAAAUUUUAUUAUCGAUGAAGAAUUUGAUUUUAAUAUUUUAACAUUUAAUCCAAAUAAUCUUGAUCGUUUAAUGAUUAUGGUGAAUUUAUAUUCAAAUUCAAAUAAUACAAACGAAUAUAAAUGUAUAGCUCAUGUUAAACUUGGAUCCCCAUUAUAUUGCUCUGGCAGCGGUACUAUUCAUUGGCAACAAUUUAAAGCCAGAAAAUCAUUUUCAAUGUGGCAUACAUUAAGCAAAGAACAACAUUAA